GCUGACGAGGCGCAGCGCGCCCUGCCUCUGCGGAAAUGGAGCUGCCGGUUUUAAAUUGCGGACGUUUCCCUCCAUUUUGGACGCGCCGCGUCGGUGUAAAAUGAUGCAGGGUGGAGAGGAUCUGUGGACUAAUUUUUAAAAAUGCCAAGUAGGAAAUUUGCCGAUGGUGAAGUGGUAAGAGGUCGGUGGCCUGGGAGUUCACUUUAUUAUGAAGUAGAAAUUCUGAGCCAUGACAGCAAGUCCCAAGUUUACACUGUAAAAUACAAAGAUGGAACAGAACUUGAAUUGAAAGAGAAUGAUAUCAAGCCUUUGACUUCCUUUAGGCAAAGGAAAAGUGGCUCCACUUCCAGUUCUCCCUCCAGGCGUCGAGGGAGUCGAGGUAGUAGAGGUAGUCGGUCAAGAUCACGCUCUAGAUCCCCAGGCCGGCUGCCCAGAAAUCCCCGCAGAUCAGCCUCAGCCUCAGCUUCGAAACAGCCAGAUAUUAAGGAAAUGAAGAAAGAAGUGUUGGAAGUUACAUUGACUCCACUGGUAUUGAAACCAUUUGGAAACAGCAUUAGCCGAUACAAUGGGGAGCCUGAGCACAUGGAGAAGAAUGACAUACCCCACAAAAACACACAGGAAAAAUUCCAUUUGUCACAAGAAAGUAGUUACAUAUCUACACAGCACAGCCUUCGUCCGAGAAGAGAUGAGCUCAAAUUAAAAGACAUCGAUUUUAAGGAAGAAAAAAUUGUUACAAAAGGACCUCCAUCAUUGAGAACCUUUGAAGUGACACCCCCACAGAAGAAAGAGUUAGAAUUUGGAGGAGUACCUGGUGUGUUUCUCAUCAUGCUUAGCCUGCCUGUCUUCCUCUUCCUGUUGCUGUUGAUGUGUAAACAGAAGGAUCCCAGUCUUCUGAAUUUACCACCUCCUUUGCCAGUUUUUUCUGACUUAUGGGAACCCAAAAUAUUUGGGGUUUAUCUACUCUGGUUUUUCCUUCAGUCUCUAUUCUACUUACUGCCAAUAGGGAAGGUUGUGGAAGGGACACUUCUCACUGAUGGAAGAAGACUCAAGUAUAGAUUAAAUGGAUUCUGUGCUUUCAUCCUGACAUCUGCAGUGGUUGGAGCUUGUCUCUACUGGCGCAUAGACCUGAAUUAUGUAUACCGUCAUUUCCUUCAGCUUGCAUUCGCAGCCACUGUUUUUGCUGUGGUCUUGAGUGUGUAUCUCUACACACGGGCUUUGAAAGCACGCAGGGAUGAGUUGUCGCCUGCAAGCUCUGGAAAUGCCAUCUAUGAUUUCUUCAUUGGCCGUGAAUUAAAUCCUCGGAUUGGUAAUUUUGAUCUCAAAUAUUUUUGUGAAUUGCGCCCUGGAUUGAUUGGAUGGGUGGUUAUUAACCUGGUGAUGCUUUUGACUGAGAUGAAGGUAUAUAAUCGUGCUGUCCCAUCCUUAGCAAUGAUUUUGGUUAACAGUUUCCAGCUUGUAUACGUAGUGGAUGCUCUCUGGAAUGAGGUAAUUAAUUUUAAGAGCAGAUGCCUUGGCAUCAGAAAGCUUUGCAUAUGGGUGAGUGACCUGACUUCUCUGACCCUCUGCUGCUUACACAUGAAGUGAGGGGAAUACAACCUUGCCUGCAGGGUUUGCGAGCAUUAGAUGAGAUGUUGGUCCAUGGGGUGUAUUCUGCUGACAAUGAGCACCAACAGAUGGUAAGAGAUUUGGUGAUUAGAUGACUAGAGAUUUGGUGAUACUUCUGUGUAUAUCAGCUGCUCUUUUAGGUGCUAAAUAUUUAAGCUCUGUGGACUUUGGCUUUGUGGAUGUGACUGAUUCCUAUAAAUAGAAUUUAAUUUCUUAAUUACUAUAUGAAAAUAGAUGGAUAAUCAAAUUAGGAUAGUGUUUUGGAUUGUGAAGAGGAAGUUAGUUCUUAAAUCAUGGUAAGAUGUUUUAUGGUUGAUGGUUCAUUCAAAGUACAAAGAAUAGUGCUGAUGAAAUGGACAUAAAAUCAGAAGUGAUGACACAUUGAAGAAACCAGUUUAAAUAAAGUUAAGUUCCUAAUGUAUGGCUUUUCCCAAACAUUGAUAAGCCAUUGUCCUUUUCUGUUACUUGGAGAUUGGUAAAUAUUUUGCUAAUCUUCUAUGUCUUAGCUAAACAGAUUAAAAAUUAUUUUUUCCUCAGGCCUGUUUUACAGUUCUUUUUAUUAAUUUAUUGCUGGGUUUGUAAUCAUCUCCAAAUUCCAAGUUGAGUUAUCUUUCAAUUAUAAAAACAAAAUUGGCAGCCUAUAUUAUAAUGUUCCAAAACAAGUUUCCAUGGUAGUCUGUUAACAUUUUUAGAGAGGGUUCCUCUCCUUUGUGUAGAGGCAUUUAAAAAAAAACUCUUUUAUUUGCUUACCUUCCUCGCCCCUGCCCACCCCCCAACACACAGACUAGUCUUUGAUUUUGGCCUUACAUGGAGGAUCACAGAGAAUAGUCUUUGAAAAUGACUU